UAGUCCUUACAGUAAGUUGCCAUCUUAGAGGUAGGACGCCCACCAAUAAAACACUUUAAAUGAAUUUUUUGAGAAAACUUUUGACAUUUCCUAUGAAGGUAAUAUAGCACUUAGUUCACCCGUGAAAGAACCUUCCACCCCCUAUACCAACCUAGAAGUCUAAUUCAAAGCAUUUGUUUUUCUCAGGUGGUCCUGGCAUUGGUUCUCGGCAGAAACAUCUAUACGGCCAUCAAGAUUCUCAAAAAAUGGGACAACGAAGAGGAAUCUCUCAUGAGAGAGUGGUGGAUACUCCAUACGGUCCGAGUCUGCCCAUUUGUAUGCCAACUCUAUGCCGCACACCAGUCUCAGAAUUGCGUCUAUUUUCACAUGGAAUAUCUUUCUGGUGGCAGCCUGGAGGCUUUGAUCAGGACGGGCAGCUGCCUGAACAUCAGCAACAUAAGAGGGGAGGAUACACGGUAAGGUAGGUAGGGGUGUAGAUAGCAAAGCUGGUGGGGUAUGAGUGUCAGGGGACCUCGUAACUUAUUAUGCCUUGGCAAGGGUAUUUAUAUGCAGUGCUAGGGCAGUAAAGCGGAUUUCAUCCUCGGGUGAAGUAAGGUUAAGCAACAACUCUGCUGAGGUGUGAGGUGAAAUAAAAAAUUAUAAUAAGAAAGGAGAGAAUACAGGCUGCCAUCAUCUCGUUUAUGCUGGUGAUUUCCCAGAAUUCCAUCAUAACACGAUAUUAGGGGAUUAAUAAAGUAGAAUUUCAUGACAUUAAGGCAGCUCUUUGUUUUCCCCGUCAGAUUCAACACAGAAGAUGGCAUGUGGCCUCCAGUUCCUCCAUGAAGAUAAAAUCAUCCACCAAGAUCUAAUUGUGUUGGAUGCAGAAGGCCAUGUCCGCAUCAUGGACCUGGGGCUGGCCCAAGAUGGAGUCACCCUCUCCACUAACAUCAAUGGAGCGCCCCUGUGGAAAGAACUUGGUGUAGCCCUUGAUUGGUUGAGCCUGGGGACGGUGUUUAGGAUGGCAGAAGAACACUUCCCAUUUUACAAUGUCUCCGUUAAGCAUUUGGUUUACAAAGCCAUGACCACCUAGAAGCCCAUAUUUCCAACUUGGAUGUCUUUGCUUUUCCUUAGGUGCAUGAAAAGAUCUUGGCUGUGAAGGAAUCCACAACUAUCUGGUGAGAGGUCUCUAUACACAGAAUACCG